AGAAGAAGAGUGUGCAAUAAAAAAGAAGAAGAAGAGUGCAAUAAUUCCCCAUAAUAUUUUUGAAUUAUUGAAUUGAGAAGUUUAAUUAAAAUGGCAGAACAGUAUAAGUCUUUGCAUCCUAUAAAGUAUUACCGUGAUUAUUUAGCACACGAAAUACGUCCUGAUGGUAGAGAGUUUAAUAAAUUUAGGCCAAUUAUUUUGAAUGUUGGGUCCUUAGAUACUGCUGAUGGGUCAGCUAUAGCUAAAGUUGGCCAGACUACUGUAGUGUGUGGAAUUAAAGCUGAAUUGUGUAAACCUAAAGCUGAAUCUGCUGAUAAAGGUUUUAUUGUACCAAAUCUAGAAUUACCUCCCUUAUGUUCUUCAAAGUUUCGCCCAGGUCCCCCCAGUGAUCAAGCCCAGGUAUUAAGUCAACUCAUAGCAGAUGUAAUAGAAAACUACAAAUGCAUUGAUUUAACAGAUCUUUGCAUUUUUCCUUAUAAACUGGUGUGGUGUCUUUAUAUAGAUUUCAUUUGUUUGAAUUUUGAUGGUGCGGUGGUAGAUGCCUCUGUUAUAGCACUAAUGGGAGCAUUGAAAACAGCUACAUUACCAGUGGUUAAUUAUGAUGCAGCUUUGGAUAAUAUCCAAGUUGAUGCGGAUCAUAGAAAAUAUCUGACUAUCCACAGCACACCUGUAUCUACUACUUUCGCAAUAUUUGAUGACAAAAUCAUCCUGGCAGAUCCUACAGUGGAAGAGGAAGAUCUGUGUACGGGUAUUUUAACAAUAGUUGUGAAGAACGAUGAUGAAUUGUGCUGUGUUCACAAACCGGGGGGUAGUCCUUUACCUGAUGAAGAUCUAUUCAAAUGUAUAGAUGUGUCGGUGGAAAGAGUACCAUUGUUGAAAAAGUUAAUUGAAACUUCAAUAAAAAAUGUUACGAAUUGAUGAAGAUAUAAAUUCUUUUUUUUUGCUUACCUUAUUUUCAAAUAAAAUGAGUCUGUACAUAGUUUGUAAAUACUUGAAUAAAAAUGCUUCAGAUA